UGGCCCGAGCCAUGGCGGCUGCGGCGGCGGCCCCGGUGGGGUGCCAGGGGGCCGCAGGGGACCCGGGGCGGAGCCGGAGCGCCCCCGGGGAAGUCAUCCACCUGAACGUGGGGGGCAAGAAGUUCAGCACCUCCCGCCAGACACUCACCUGGAUCCCCGAUUCCUUUUUCUCCAGCCUCCUGAGCGGGAGGAUUUCCACCUUGAAGGAUGAGACAGGAGCAAUCUUUAUCGACAGGGACCCCACAGUCUUUGCCCCCAUCCUCAACUUCCUGCGUACCAAGGAGCUGGACCCCAGGGGUGUCAACGGCUCCCUUCUCCUGCAUGAAGCCCAGUUCUACGGGAUCACCCCUCUGGUUCGACGCUUGCAGCUCCGGGAGGAACUGGACCGGUCAUCCUGUGGGAAUGUCCUUUUCAACGGAUACUUGCCUCCUCCGGUUUUCCCAGCAAAGCGGAGAAAUCGGCACAGCCUAGCAGGGCCACAGCUGUCGGGCGGCCGGCCAGCCCCCGUGCGCCGCAGCCACACCAUGCCCCCCAACUUGGGCAACGCCGGGCUGCUGGGGAGGCUGCUAGAAGACAAAGCACCCAUGCCCCCCUCAGGGGCUCCGGACGAGCCAGGCAUGGUGAGGCUGGUCUGCGGCCAUCACAACUGGAUUGCUGUGGCCUACACGCAGUUUCUGGUGUGCUACAGGCUGAAGGAGACGUCGGGUUGGCAGUUGGUGUUCUCUAGCCCAAGACUGGACUGGCCCAUCGAGCGCCUGGCACUGACUGCCCGCGUUCCUGGUGGCGCCCUGGGCGAGCAUGACAAGAUGGUAGCUGCAGCUGCCGGCAGCGAGAUCCUGCUCUGGGCCCUCCAGGCUGAUGGCAAUGGCAGUGAGAUUGGCGUCUUCCAGCUGGGUGUCCCUGUUGAGUCUCUGUUCUUCGUGGGAAACCAGCUCAUUGCUACCAGCUCCACAGGCCGCAUUGGGGUCUGGAACGCAGUUACCAAGCAUUGGCAGGUCCAGGAAGUGCAGCCCAUCACCAGCUAUGAUGCUGCUGGCUCCUUCCUGCUGCUCGGCUGUAACAAUGGCGCUAUCUACUACCUAGAUGUGCAGAAGUUCCCCCUGCGGAUGAAGGACAAUGAUCUGCUAGUGAGCGAGCUGUACCGAGACCCAGCCCAGGAUGGCGUCACUGCACUGAGUGUCUAUCUCACACCCAAGACCAGUGAUAGCGGCAACUGGUUGGAGAUUGCCUACGGCACCAGCUCUGGCGGGGUUCGGGUCAUCGUGCAGCACCCAGAGACCGUGGGCUCAGGGCCCCAGCUUUUCCAGACUUUCACUGUUCACCGCAGUCCUGUUAUCAAGAUCAUGCUGUCUGAGAAGCAUCUCAUUUCUGUCUGUGCCGAUAACAAUCACGUGCGGACUUGGUCGGUGACCCGUUUCCGGGGCAUGAUCUCCACCCAGCCAGGCUCUACCCCUCUGGCCUCUUUCAAAAUCCUCGCACUGGAGGCAGCUGACAGCCACGGGGGCUGCAGUGCUGGCAACGACAUUGGCCCAUAUGGGGAGCGGGACGACCAGCAAGUUUUUAUCCAGAAGGUGGUGCCUAACUCCAGCCAGCUUUUUGUGCGGUUGUCGUCCACUGGCCAGCGGGUGUGCUCAGUGCGCUCUGUGGACGGCUCUCCCACCACGGCCUUCACCGUCCACGAGUGUGAGGGUUCCCGGAGGCUGGGCUCACGGCCCCGACGCUACCUCCUCACCGGCCAAGCCAAUGGCAGCCUGGCCAUGUGGGACCUUACCACGGCCAUGGACCGGCUGGGCCUGGCACCAGUGGACGGCCUGACGGAGGAGGAGUUGUUGGGACAACUGGAACAAUGUGAGCUGGCCCCUCCUGGGCCCACCGUGCGCAGCCUGGCCCCCAGUCCUUCACCCCGGACUUCCAUGUGCAGCCUCCAAUCAGAGGCUAGCAUGGACUCCAGUCCCAGUCGUCGAGGGAGUCUGGGCCCUCCCCAGCCAGAGGCCCGGAGGAGGGGGACUGGUAGCUUUGUGGAACGGUGUCAGGAGCUAGCCCGGAAUGGGCCAGACCCCCGCCGGCCUCCCACCCCAGCCCCCAGGCCUCACCCAGGCCCCGGGGGUCCUCUAUUAACUCCCAAAGCUCCGCUCAGCGAGACGUCCUUCUGAAACUGCCUGGCCUUCCUAAGGGAGGCCUUGUGAGGUGCCUUCAACAACCUGUCCCCAUCUGUGUGCAUCCUCCUGACCUCUCUCCAUCACCCUGGCGGCAGGGCUGGGGUUCCCAUGGAGCUGUCUCUGUUACAACUCUGCCAUAAGAAGCCAAAGCCACCCUAUGUUCCCCCCACUGCAAACCAAUAAAAUGUUCCCAUUAUUGUC